AAGCGUUUUUGUGAUAUGAAAGCGUAAAAUCGUAAGAUUUUAAGUUUUAAAGCACGAAUUUGACUGCAUUAGUUUGAUUUACGCUAUGAUCUACAGUCUACACUAGACCUGGUCUGCACAUGUUGUUAGUGUUGUUAGUAGGUUCAUGGUGCAACUUGGGAAGUAACAUUGGCAGGCUGUGAAGAGGAUAUUUCGUUAUCUUAAGGGUACAUCUGAUGUGGGGAUUAACUUUCGAAGUUAUUCAGAUUCUGAUUAUACUGGAGAUGUUGAGACGUGGAGAUCUAUGAUCAGUUAUGUAUUCACUUUUGGGAGUUAUGUGGUGAGCUGGAAAACAACUCUGCAGUCGGUAGUGACAUUGUCUACUACUGAAGUAGUGUACAUGGCGUUGACAGAAUCGGCCAAGGAGGAAGGUUGAAGGGUUGGUUGGGUGAUCUAGGUCUACAUCAUCAUCAAACAGUGGUGUAUCGAGUGCAAUACAUUUGGUCAAGGAUCAAGUCUACCAUGAGAGGACUAAGCACAUGCUGCACAUCUAUGUGAGGUAUCAUUUCUUGCGAACAUAGAAGAGAUUAGAGUGACGAAGAUUGGCACAGUGGACAAUCUUGCUGACAUGUUCACGAAGCCGGUUCCACAUGGCAAUUUCCAACACUGCUUGGACUUGCUGAAUGUCCUGAGUGGGUGAAUCCGUCCUAAGGGACGUUGAUGGCAAGAGAGAGAAGGAUCAUAGUACAUCAAAGAUUUCAUAAGGGAGUAUUCAAGUCAAGGUGAAGAUUUGUUGAUAUGACUUGAAUCCGACUAUCUUAUAACAACUGGGAGUCACGGGGUAUCACAAAUUGUAGAUCAACAAUCAAAUUGUCUAAAUGUCACGUCACACAAAUAUCACAAAUAUUUAUAGUUCAACAAUCAAAUUGCCACAUCAUAGUCAACUAACUAUCAAUCUGAUGGAAAAUUAACAACUUAACUAUUGUUUUUUUUUUUUUUUUUAAGAUUUGACUUCUAUUUUGUUUAAAUCAAAGAUUUGUUUAAUAUUACAAUAUUUAUCCAAAACAAUUUGAGUAGGCGAGACAAACAAAUACAAAGACCUUCCUUCCGAACUUUCUACGGCAACAGUCCAGUCCGGUAGUUCAGUAGAUAGUAGAUACUGUUAGAUUAGAUCCCUAAAAUACCAAACUCUCUUCCAGAGCUUCGCUCGCCGGAGCAAAGAACGAAAACCAUGGCGUUUCUAGGCAUUGAUUUUGGUUGCGCAAUUGGAUCUCUCCGCCACGGCCAGUUCCCUGACAAGGACUGCUUGCUUCCUCUCAUCUCCAAGCUCCUGGGCUACGCCAUCGUCGCUGCUUCCACUACUGUCAAACUUCCUCAGAUAUUGAAAAUCUUGAAGCACAAAAGUGUGAGAGGGCUGAGUGUUGUUGCCUUUGAGUUAGAAGCAAUUGGAUACACGAUUGCUCUUGCAUAUUGUCUUCACAAAGGCCUGCCAUUUUCAGCUUAUGGAGAAUAUGUAUUUCUCUUGAUCCAAGCGAUCAUCUUAGUUGCUGUUAUCUACUACUUUUCACAACCUGUUGGGGCUAAGACAUGGAUCAAGGCAUUAAUAUUCUCUGCAGUAGCACCAACUAUUUUAGCCGGUCAAAUCGAUCCCAUUCUUUUUGAAGCUUUAUAUGCAUCCCAGCAUGCAAUUUUCCUCUGUGCAAGAAUUCCCCAAAUAUGGGCCAACUUUUCUAACAAAAGCACUGGCGAGCUUAGCUUCCUAACUUUUUUCAUGAACUUCGGUGGCUCUAUGGUGAGAGUAUUCACCAGCCUACAAGAAAAAGCACCAACUAGCGUUGUUAUGGGAUCUGCACUUGGCGUGUUGAUGAACGGAACCAUCCUGAGUCAAAUACUUAUGUACCAAAAGCCCCAGCCAAAAAGAGAGAGGAAACAACAGUAGAGAAUUUCUUUAAGAAAGGGUAAUGCAGUUUAUGAUUUGGCGAAGUUGAGAAGGGCAGAGCGAUUUCUAUACGAAUACAUGUCAAGAGAAAUCAUAGCGGAAUCUUCAUAUUUAUGGUGGAGUUGAGUUGGUAAGUUCAUGUUGUAUUAACAAAAGAGUUUAGCAGAUUAAUUAGAGGUAGUUUUGAAAAUCAGAACCUUAGGAUGUUUGAUCUACGAACUAGUAGAAACUAGAAAGUCUGUUCUUUCUUCUUUGGUCGUUUUCUCCAUGUAAUGGAUGCUUCAAGCUGGCAAUUUGCUUUGCCUCGCGAAAGGGAGUAAAAAAAAAGUAGAUUACCAGUCAGUCAGCUUCUCGUCUUUUUCUUUAUGGUUGUUUGAAAGCAUGGAAAAGGCCGGUGGGAGGGAAAGCUACACUAUGGCACGAGACUUCUGUUGGACUGCUUCCUUCCUUUUUUUCCCCCCUAGUUGGUCUUUGGUUUCUUCUCCUUACUCAGAUUGGCGGAUUAUGUUUGAACAUCGAGGUGAAAACUUAAGCGCUCUUCUUGUGUCGGAUUUUAAAAUCUUGGAAUACGAAAGUGAUGGAUUUCGUUGUAAAUUGUUUGAACUUUAGCAAUUUGUAAGUGUGGAUUGUGAUGCUUAAGAGUUUAGAAUUUUAUCCUUUUUAUGUUGGUGAUUCUAGAAGUGAAUUGUAAUAAACAGGUUGUGAUAGACAUAUCUUAUUGCUCCAAUCCGCCAAUGAUCUGUGAUGCAUGUAUAGACUUUAAAUAUGACUAGAGGUAUGAUAAGAAAUGUUCCAAUUGUAA